CGCUGCUAAUGUUCGUCGAUAUGCAGAAGAUAUGAACAAACAAGAGUUAAUAUUCACCGAUCUACAACAGCUAUAAACACACAAUAUUUGGAACGAGUUCUGCAGCACUGACGUCGGCGGAUAUGGCGGAUGUUAAUGAAAACGGUACCUCUGGGGACGACCAUGACGACUCUGAGUAUGAGCCAACAACAGACGAGGAAACUGAUGAGAGGUUGCAUGACUUUUUUGAACAGCUAAUGGAUGAAGAUGAGGAUGAGGAUGAGGAUGAAGACGAGGGGUCGGGCUCAGAAAUUUACUAUGACGCCGAAGGCGGUGCCACGAUUGAAGUAUUACCUGACAAUGAGGGAGGGGGUGAGGAGGCACAGGAAUAUGAUCUUGGAGAUCUACAAGGAGCAUCUCCGGCUCAGAUAUUCUAUCUUUGGGCUAGACAACAACUUCUUUUACGCAGCACCCAUGACGUUGAUGAUGGACAAGGAGCAACAUUUCCACUUCGCCGGCGCCGUCGAAGAGAGAAGCCCGACCCAAACAGGUUCCCUAGAGUCCCCAGUGAGAAGGGGAGUGAGCUCAUGAGCUCUGGCGACUUCGGCACGAAUGAAAUCCCGGCCACCAGGACAACGGGACAAAGGAAGAAGCUCGCAAGUAGGAUACUGAACAGAGAGCUGGGGAUAGGCGGCGGGGCUAGGCAUAAAGCAAAUCAGAACUUAAUGGCUCAAGGCAUGGUCCCUUCCUCGAAAGUCGACACUAUUAUCAACUACGACGCGCCAGUUUAUUCGGGUCAGUUCUCAGAUGAUGGCAAUUUUUUCUUUGCUUGUGUGAAAGAUUUUAAAGUGAGAAUGUACGAUACGUCGAAUCCGUACGAAUGGAGAUACUAUAAGACUGUUAAUUAUCCAUUCGGCAGAUGGACGCUGACGGAUGCAUCUCUGAGUCCGGACAACAGAUAUCUAGCUUAUACCUCUGUGUCUCCCAGAGUUUGCUUGGCGCCAACAGAUCCCAAUGAUCUCGGUGACCCCUACGACUUAGAUCUAUCUAAUAAUGGCACACGUGGGAUAGGGUCCAAUGGUUUUAGGCAACGGCAUGACGGUUUUGGUAUCUUCAGCAUACGCUUCUCCGGCGAUGGCAGAGAGUUGGUGGCGGGCACAUCUUCCGAGUCCAUUUUAGUUCAUGAUAUCGAGUCCCGGCAGACCAUCCUGGAGAUCAACGGCCAUGAAGACGAAGUCAACGCGGUAUGCUUUGCCGAUAAAAGCUCUUCAAAUAUAAUAUUCUCGGGUAGCGAUGACAACUUGGUCAAGAUUUGGGACCGCCGAAGUAUGGGCGAUAGCCGUGAAGCUGGCGCCUUUGUAGGCCAUACUGAAGGUGUCACAUAUAUCGACUCCAACGGUGAUGGGCGUUAUUGCUUGUCAAACGGCAAAGAUCAGACCAUGAAGCUUUGGGAUCUAAGGCAGAUGACAGCCAGCAGCCAGCUUUCACAAGUCAGCAUUCCACGUGGACAUUUCGAUUAUAGAUGGGGGAGCUACGACUUGGAUGACUGGCGUCCACAUCCGAAUGACAAUUCGGUGGUGACUUUCCGCGGCCACGACGUGCUCUCCACCUUAAUCAGGUGUCAUUUCAGCCCUCCUAACUCGUCAAACCGUCGAUAUGUUUACUCCGGCUCCUCGACCGGGAAAGUCUUCAUAUGGAAUAUGGACGCAACAAUAGCAGGUGAAAUUGACGUGCAGCAAGCUACACAAGAUACGAGGCCUUUCUCCCCGGAGACGGCAAACAAUAUGUAUUAUGAAGAUGAUGAUGGCGAGUCAGCGCCACAAUGGAGGACUUGUGUGAGAGAUGCAAGCUGGAGCCCCAACGCACCAGUAAUCGCAGCUUCCGCAUGGAAUGGCCAUGGCAUGUGGGCAGGUACCGUUACUACCCAUUCAUGGAACGACGAGGCGGAAGACGACGAGGCGGAACCCGGAGGAGUAAGGGUAAAUGAGAAAUUGAAAGUCGAUCCGUCAUAUUACAGCUCUAACAGUCGUACUCCACGUCGGCGCAGAGGGAGGAUGGGCUGGUAAAUAGUAAUUGAAAUGACUUAGUCUGCGUGACUCUACACCAUGAAAUAUCCAGGCGUGACCAUUGCCAAUGGCCUUGGGUAUCUGCUUGGAGCGGUGUAUUGGCAUUGGUAUUAUCUCGGCAUUGGUGAACGGUUUGGGCGCAUAUGGAUAUUCAAGAUUCGAAUCAUAAAAGCAAGAUUGGUAGCAGAACUGCUUGUUGGCUUCAUUUCCCGAACUCAAUACGCCGAGCUUUAACAAAGUGUUGCGCCUAUGAGCCUGUAUUUGUCCGCGCCUAUGAUACAAAGAAUCCGUUUCGAAGCUUCUUCGAGGGGCUCUAUAAUGCUUUUCCCUUCACCACCCAAUUACACUCCUUUCACCCAGUUGAAUAUUUAAGCACCGCCAACAAGGAUGUUGUUCACAGGAAUAUGGACUGUAACAAUCAACUUGUUAGCAAAUAUCCAGACCCAUGCGCAACGGGAGUACAGACUCAGCUUAAUAACGUAACCAAGAGCACCCAUCACAAUGAAACCAAUGCCAACAGCUCUCGAGAUCUGUGUGAACUCGCGGCGAUCCGCUAUUAUACAGUUAGCUUAAAUCUCCAUGCAGGUGGCGAUAUAGCGUACGCUUUGUGCAGCGGUUGAUGAACAUGGUGCCAUCCUUCACGAAGUCCUUUGGAAUAUCCAAGAUCUCUUGGAAUUGGUCAGACAUGAUUGGUGAUAUGUGUUGUAAUUACUGCUCGAGGAGGGAGAUUGUGCUUAAGGAGGCACAGAAUCUAUCGAUUCG